AUGACGGGCUUUUCUCUUCCCCAGGUGUACAAGGGCUUGGACAUCAUCACCAACAAGGUAUCUCCCCAGGAGCAGCGUCUGUGCAGACACCACAUGAUCAGCUUUGUGGAUCCCCUCGUCUCUAACUACACGGUGGUGGAUUUCAGAGACAAAGCCGUGGCUCUGAUUGAAGAUAUCUUUGCCCGAGACAAGAUCCCGAUUGUUGUGGGAGGAACCAACUACUACAUUGAGUCCCUGCUCUGGAAGGUCCUUAUCAACACCAAGGAGAAGACCAGCACAGUCCCUGGGCUGGUCACUGACAGGAAAGUGGAACUGGAGCAGCUGGAUGGUGUUGAGCUCCAUCGCCGUCUGAGCCAGGUGGACCCAGAGAUGGCGGCCAAGCUGCACCCCAAUGACAAGCGCAAAUUGGCCAG